AUAGUGUUUUCCUUUAAGAACAAGGGAACAAAGGUCAUAAUAAUUUGAAAUUGAUUAGAAAUCGGGUUACCUUGUUGAUAUUGGAAUUGAUUUGGAUUCAUGAUAAUAUCAUUAAUUCUAUGCUACGUUUGAUAUUUUUAUUAUUUCAAAGCUUGAAUGUAUCGAAUUGUAUGUCCUGCGUAGCGCUGUGUUUUUAUCGUGCCCGAAUUGAGAUUUGGGUUAAAGCAGUUAUCUUUGCUAUUUGUUAUCAGCUACUGCCAUUUGCUGUUACCAGCCCACUCCCACACGCCCAUUUCUAUUUCACUUCCAAACUUUGAUUCAAAUUCAAACUUCAAAUUUCGGUCAAGAUUAUUUAAAUUUGAUCUCAAAUACUGAUUUUCUCGUUGGUUUAUUUACCUCAAAAAUAUAUCGUUCAAUAUGGAAGGGCAACAACCAACUGAAAAUAACUUGACUACUGACUCGACUAACUUACCUCCUGAAACACUUCGCCGCUCCACUCGUCCUGUCAAAUUGACAGAGAAAGCAUUGCAGAAUAAAGAAGACGACCUUCAAGGUAAGUUUUUUGUUGAACAUAUAGAUUUGCAUUCGAUCAUACAAUCUACUCGAAAUAGCUUAUUGUCUCAAAACAUUGAUGGUGAUAGCUUAGCAGUGAAUAAGCUUGACAUUACUGCUAGGCUCAAUUCUUUGAAGGAGAUAUUUGUUGAGCUAAAAAGGCUCAAUGAAGACUCCAUUGAUGAUGAGGUUAUUGAGGCAAUGGAUGAAUCUUCUAUUUCUGUUCGUAAUAUCUUAUCGGAUAUUGAUAAGGUAUCCAACAUGUCUUCUUCUAGACAACCAUCAAUUCGGUUGGCGCACUCAACACAAUCACGACUCUCGAGGACAUCUUCCAGAUCGUCACGACGAGUUGCAGUCGCAGCAGAAGCCGCUGCAUUACAAGAAGAGCUUACAGCCCAGAAGCUUCAAAAUGAACGGGAAAAGGAGCUCGAAAGAAUGGAACUUGAGGAAGAAAUGAGGAGGAAGCAAGUAGUUUUCAAAAUGUCCGAGCUGAAAAGACAACUAGAAGAGGAAAGACUACAAGGCAAGCUCAAGGCACAAGAAGCAAUUAUGAGAGUCUACGAUGAAGAAGAUGGAACCAGCACAGUCUCUUCUUCAUCCUCGCGUAGAGGUAAAACUGUUGUCAAAAAGAUCGAAGAUCAGCCAAAUCCAACUGAUGUGAUCCCAAGGGCAUCUCCCAAGUUAGAAAGCAAAUUGAUUGAUGAACCAGCCUCCAUCGUGUCACAGCAAGCGCAAGUAGUGCUUGAUCCCCAAGCUCCGAUGUUCCAGCCAAGAUCACCAGUUUUAGAUCUCGCUGAUGCCUUGGCUCAGAGUCGUCUACCCGUUCCGGAGCCGCCAAUAUUCACUGGAGACCCACUCCAAUAUCCAGAUUGGGUGUCGGCUUUCACUACUCUGGUAGAGCGAAGAGGCAUCCCUCCUGGUGAAAAAAUUCACUACCUUCGAAGGUAUCUUGGUGGUCCAGCAAAGGAGGCAGUCAGUGGCUACUUUCUCCUGAGGUCAGAAAAUGCAUUUGAGCAAGCAAAGAGCACCCUUCAAAAGAGGUUUGGCAAUCCAUUUGCUAUUGCUGAAGCCUUUCGGACAAAGUUGGAUGUGUGGCCCAAGAUAACCAGCAAGGAUCACAAUGGGCUGCAGCGGUUUGCAGACUUCCUUCAACAGUGUCUGGUAGCCAAGGCUGAGAUUGUCGAUCUCAACAUUCUGGAUGAUAUACGAGAGAUCAACCGAAUGGUUGCUCGACUACCAGAUCAUAUCGUCCAUAGAUGGAAUCGCUCGGUGGCACAGACAAAAAGGGAGCGACUUUGUUAUCCUAGGUUUGCUGACUUCGUUUCUUUCAUUUGGAACGAAGCAGACAUUGCUAAUGAUCCUCUGCUCACUGUGGAUGUUGGCAAGACUAGAGAGAGAAAACAGGAAACCGCAGUCUCAAAACGGGUAACCCUCUCUACGUCUGGCUCAACUUCACAGAAGCAAUGUCUGUUGUGCAAGAGACAAAAUCAUUCCCUGAAUGACUGUCGGGAAUUCCUUCGGAAAGACAUGUCCCAGAGAAAGGAUUUCAUCAAAAAUGAAAGACUUUGCUAUGGCUGUCUUGAAAAAGGCCAUAUGUCUAAAUAUUGCCAAAGCAGACUGGUCUGCAAGAAGUGCAGUAAAAGGCAUCCAAGCUGCCUUCAUGAGGACCAAAGAGAUUCGAACAAGGCCAACUUGGCAUCAAGCCAACCGAAGGAAGCUCAAACCGCAUCGACCUCAAAUCCUCAAGCUGUAACGCACAAAGUACAAGGCGAUGAACGUAGUGACCUUACAUCAAUGAUUGUGCCUGUGUACCUUUCUAGUACAGAGAGGCCUGACAAGGAGGUUCUAGUGUAUGCACUACUAGACUCCAUGUCAAACACCACCUUCCUUUCCGAAGAUGUCGGCCAAGACCUGGAUGUACAAUCCCAGCCUGCCACAUUGUCGUUGACAACUUUGACAGAUGAGAUAUCGAUCUCAACCUUCAAGUAUGACAAUCUUCGUGUCAGAGGUUUUUAUUCCUCGGAGAAAAUUCGUCUACCCUCCACAUUUACUAGGCAGUCUAUCCCUCUGGACGACAGUCAUAUCCCGACUCCAGAAACUGCCUCCAAGUGGCCUCAUCUCGUGUGUGUGCAGGAUAUGAUAGCGCCAAAACAAGACUGUCCUGUCGGUCUUCUGAUUGGCUACAAUUGUGCACAGGCCCUUGCUCCUCUGACGUCAGUCCGAGGCCAAAAUGGUGAGCCGUAUGCUGUCCAAACAGACCUUGGUUGGAGUAUUGUUGGAGGUCAGUCUGACUUGUCCAACAGCUUCGAUUCGUUUGGCCACACAUACAGGACAGUCAGCAUGAAGGUAGAGGCCCCGAUCGAUAUCAAGAAGGUGACAUUCGCUUACCAGUCUCCCUUAAAGGAAGCGACUGCAUCGGAUUUCCUUCAGCUCAUGGAAAGGGACUUCCAAGAAGCUGAACAAGCUGAUGCAAUGUCACAAAAUGACAAAAAAUUCAUUCAAGUUGUCACCGAAGGUUUACGCCAGAGAGAGGAUGGGUUCUAUGAGAUGCCUCUUCCAUUCAAGAAAGGACCGCCAUCUCUUCCGAACAAUCGACAGGCUGCUUUGGGUCGAUUAGCAGGUCUCAAGAAACAGUUCCUGAAGAAACCUGAAUAUCACAGUCACUACAAGGUAUUCAUGAAGGAGAUCCUGGCACGCGGUGAUGCAGAGAUGGUCGGUGAUAGUAGUGACAAAGGCUUGUGGUAUAUUCCUCACCAUGGGGUAUAUCACCCUAAGAAGCCUGGCAAGGUCAGGGUUGUAUUCGAUUGUAGCGCCAGGUAUCUUGGGACAAGCCUCAAUGACCAUCUCCUGCAAGGCCCUGACUUGAUUAAUCCUCUCAUCGGUGUCCUGUUGAGAUUUCGCCAAGGUCCUGUGGCAUUCAUGUGCGAUGUGGAGAAGAUGUACCACCAGUUUAAGGUUGCAGAUCCACAUCAAAACUAUCUGCGUUUCUUGUGGUGGGAGGAUGGGGAUCUCUCCAAGACCCCAGUAGAUCAUAGGAUGAAGGUCCACCUCUUUGGGGCAACCUCAUCUCCGGGCUGUGCCAACUUUGGCCUAAAACAGAUUGCGGAGGACCACAAGAAACUCGGUGACCGUGCAGCCAACUUCCUCAAGAGGAACUUUUAUGUCGAUGAUGGCCUAAAAAGCAUGUCUUCUGAACAGGAAGCAGCUGUGCUAAUCAAGGAUGCAACUCAAAUGUGUGCUAAAGGCAAUUUACGUCUGCACAAAUUUGUGUGCAAUAGCAAGGACGUAACCAGCACCAUUCCAAAAUCGGAACGUGCCACUGUCACAAAUGCAAGUGUUCAGCUAGGUGAACAAACCUCACCAAUCGAAAGAGCUCUUGGGCUUCAGUGGUGCGUCAGUUCUGAUGAGUUCUGCUUCCGACUUACUCUGAAGGAUCAACCCCUCACUCGACGAGGUAUUCUAGCUACAGUUGCGUCUGUAUAUGAUCCCCUUGGUCUCAUUGCACCAGUUGUCCUUGCUGGCAGAAUGAUUCUGCAGGAAAUGUGCAAACAAAAGAUGGAUUGGGAUCAUCCCGUUCCUGACUAUCUUCGGACAAGAUGGGAAAUAUGGAGACAGGAGAUCCUGAAGCUAGAAACUGCAAAGAUUCCUCGCUGCUUCCAGCCCAAAGAUUUCGGAGAGGCUGAGGAAGUGGAAUUGCACCACUUCUCAGAUGCCUCAUUAUCUGGAUAUGGACAAUGUUCAUAUGUCAGAUUACGAAAUCAAAGGGGACAAGUCCACUGCUCUCUUGCCAUGGCAAAGGCGAGAGUAGCACCGCUCAAGCAGUCUACCGUCCCCAGACUUGAGCUUCAGGCAGCAACCUUAUCGGCCAAGGUUGCAAAAAUACUGAAUAAGGAGCUAGACUACAGCUCAGUCAAGAAUAUCUUCUGGACCGACUCCAAGGUUGUUCUGGGUUACCUGUACAACCAGUCUAAGCGCUUCCACAUGUUCGUUGCGAACAGAGUGGAUUGUAUUCUGAGAACCACAAGUUGUAGUCAGUGGAAUUAUGUUACUAGCGGUGAUAAUCCAGCUGACCACGCAUCACGUGGACUGACAACAGAGGAACUUCUUUCGUCAAACUGGUUAGGAGGACCAGACUUCCUUUGGGAAAGUGAAGUUGCUAAGCAAGAUGUCACACUAGAGGUUUCUCCUGACGACGUUGAAGUGAAGUCUUCGACAGUACAUACAGUAAUGUCAAAGACCAAGAUUUCAACCUUUACGUCAUUUGAAGAUAGGUUGAACCGCUUCGCCAUGUUGGACAGCGCUAUUAGAGCGGUAGCUGUACUAGUGAGGUGUUGUUACAGGCGCAAGGGACAUGACAUAGAUGAUGUUGAGAUCAAAAGAGUCGCUGAGAGAAAUCUCCUGCAUGCUGUCCAGAAAGAAGCCUUCUGUGAUGAAAGACAGCAAAUCAAAUCUGACAAACAUGCUGUGUCAAAAUCUAGCCGCCUGAGUCAAUUAGAUCCAUUUCUUGACAAACAAGACCUCCUACGGGUGGGAGGACGCAUGAAGAGGUCUGAAAUGGUGUAUGGAGUUAAGCACCCUAUUAUCCUUCCGAAGGGUAGUAGACUUUCCAUGCUUGUCGCACUUCACUAUCAUGCGAAGAUUUCUCACCAAGGUAGAAAUAUGACCAUCAACGCAAUCAGAUCAAGUGGAUACUGGAUCAUCGGUUGCAGAAGCAUUGUCUCAUCUCUGAUCGGCACAUGCACCCAUUGCAUUAGACUAAGAGGCAAGUUGGGUGGACAGAAGAUGGCUGACCUUCCAUGUGAACGACUUGAGCCAUCGCCCCCUUUCACUUAUUGCGGUCUGGACUGUUUUGGUCCAUUUGUAAUCAAAGAAGGGCGCAAAGAGCUCAAGCGCUAUGGCCUCAUCCUGACAUGCAUGGCAAUGAGAGCCAUUCAUGUGGAAGUAUUGGAUGACAUGUCAUCCGAUGCAUUCAUCAACGGACUGAGAUGUUUCAUUGCUAUUCGAGGAAACGUAAGGCGGAUUCAGUGUGACCAGGGCUCCAAUUUUGUUGGAGCCAAGCAUGAACUGAAACAAGCUCUCCGUGAGAUGGAUGCGGACCAUGUCGCCCGCAAUCUUCUGGAGCAGAACUGUGAGUUCAAAAUGAAUCCUCCUUCCUCUAGCCAUAUGGGAGGUGUAUGGGAGAGACAAAUAAGAAAUGUGCGCAAUGUUCUCAAUGGAUUAUUGGAACAGUGCGGAACGCAGUUGAAUGUCUCCUCUCUACGGACAUUUCUCUAUGAGGCCAUGGCUAUCGUAAACAGCCGUCCAUUGAGUGUGGAUAACCUGGAAAGUCCUGAUGGUCCUCUUCCGUUGACUCCCAAUCAUGUUCUGACCAUGAAAUCCGGUCUUAUACUGCCUCCACCUGGAAGCUUUGAAAGGGAGGACAUCUAUCUCCGCAAAAGAUGGCGUCGAGUCCAAUACUUGACACAGUUGUUCUGGACACGAUGGCAGAAGGAGUACCUGCACACGCUUCAACCAAGAAAAACUUGGACUGAAAAGAAGACCAAUGUGCACGUAGACGACAUAGUACUCUUGAAAGAUGAAGCCAUUUGUCGGACAGAUUGGAGAGUUGCGAGGGUCAUGGAAACAAUGUCCAGUGAUGAUGGUCUAGUCCGGAAGGUGCGACUUCUCAUGGCGACCCCAGACUUGGACAAAAAAGGUAAGCCAGUAAAUAAGAGGACAACUCUUGAAAGGCCAGUACACAAACUGGUAGUUUUGAUCCGCAGCACCGACAAGGCGAUUGAAGACUAAGCUUGACUUUAAUAGCUGACAUUCACUUUUACCCAGACAAAUGGCUUUGACUAACCUGGACUUUCAUCCUGCCCUGACAUUCUAAGAAAUAUUUUCUCAAUUUGGGGAAGACCAUUUGUAUUUAUAAAUUUUGCAAGUCGGUCAAUUCCUUGUUUUGUUUCAAAUAGAUAGUUUUGUUGUUUGAAAAAUCAGUUAGAUGAUUUGGGUGGGAGUGUGGCUGCCGCCAGAAUUUGUCAUUAGUAUUUUUAAUUUUUGUUCAUAGCACCACCUAUUUUACAUGUGCAUCGCCCUUUAAGUAAUUUCUCUUUGUUACUUAAGAAAGAUUUACAGCGCAUGCCUAGCGCGGGUCAAUGUCAAUAAAAGGCCUACAAACACAUUUUUAGUACGCACGAGAAAAUAGUUCCAUACAUUCAAGCAUAAGAAAUAAGUUAUUAUCAUUAAUUAUGUACUGAAAUGUAAAGUAAUGUUCAUUGAAAUGCGAAUAACAUUGGUAAAUUCUGUCAAAACUAAAUCGUUGGUCGUUUUAAGUAAAAUUCCAGUUGGACAAAUUAUUUGAUAUCCGUGUGCCGAUAAGUUCGGUGAACGCGUUGACCCUUGGCUUUUCUGAAUUACGACUUGGCCCAAGCAAUACGUGUUUUGUGGGGUCUUCAAGAAACGCCAAAGUUUCAAAGUAUAUUUUGCUGCCCAAGGAUGGAAAGGUCCUGCCAACGAGUUUUCACGGCACUGUUCAUCACUGUUACUUUGUUUUGACAAUCGUUAAGUCAAAUAAAGACAUUCGUCACCAGAAAAUGAA